AUGAAUUCGAAAGGGGAGAAAAAGGAGAAGAUCACUGAAGAUCCAAGAUUUUCUGGGAUUCAUAAUGAUCCUAAGUUUAGGUCAACUAAAUCCAAGAACUUUAAGAUCAAAUUGGAUGAUAGAUUCAGUAAACAAGAUCUAGAAGUCAGACGUAAAGCAAAAGUUGAUAAAUAUGGUAGAAAAAUUGUGGAUGCUAACAAGGAUGUAAAGGAUUUUGAUCGUUAUUUUACCAAGGAAAAGCCGGAGGACAAGGAGGAUGAGUCUAAUUCAUCCGAAAGCAGCGAUGAUCAAGAAGCUGAAGCUGCUGUUCAUGCAAAAUCUGUUGAUAGAGCUCGUGGUGAACCUCCUGCUGAUUACGUUUCUUCUUCUGAUGAAGAGUCCUCCUCUGAAUCCGAAGAAGAAUCUGGGGACAGUGACAUUGAAUCAGAAGAAAUCGAACUAGAAGAGUCCAAACCUGCUAGUGGAAAUGCCACAAAUACGUUGGCUGUAGUGAACCUGGAUUGGGAUCAUGUCAAAUCUGCUGAUUUGUUUGUCACAUUUAAGUCUUUCGUGCCUAAGGGAGGAGAGAUUCAAAAAAUUGCCAUAUAUCCAAGUGAAUUUGGUAAAGAAAGGAUGCAACGUGAAGAGAUCGAAGGUCCUCCAAAAGAAUUAUUCCAGUCAAAGAAAUCCAAGAAGAAUGAUAAAGAUGAUGAUGAGAUUAAUGUCGAAUCAAUUUAUGAGGAAGGAGACGCAGAGGACUAUGAUUCUAAAGCACUUCGUCGUUACCAAUUGGAACGUCUAAGAUACUAUUAUGCCGUGGUUUACUGCAGCGACAUUAGGACAGCCGAAUCAAUCUAUCAAAACUGUGAUGGCACAGAAUAUGAAUCUACAGCCAAUGUCUUUGAUUUAAGGUAUGUGCCUGAUGGUAUGGAAAUGGAUGAUGAUCCUCGUGAUGAAUGUACCUCGCUUCCAAAAAAUUACAAGCCGGCACAAUUCAGUACAGAUGCCCUUCAGCAUUCCAAGGUAAAGCUUACAUGGGAUGAAACUCCUGCAGACCGUGUGGAAAUAUCUAAAAGAGCAUUCACUCAAAAAGAAAUUGAAGAAAUGGACUUUAAAGCUUAUUUAGCCUCCGAUAGUGAAGAAUCUGAAGUUGAGCAUGAUGAUCAAGUUAAAAAUAAACUCAAGGCUUUAGUAAUGGAUUCCGUAAAAGUGGGGCAAAAGUCACUAUUUGAUCAAAAGGAAGAUGAAGACGAUAAUGAGGCUGAUAUGGAAAUAACUUUCACUCCAGGCCUGGAUGAGUCUGGCCAACAAGAUACCAAUGAUAACGAAGAGGAAAGCACCAUUGAUAAGAUUAGACGUAAAGAAAAAGAAAGACGUAAGAAGAGAAAGGACAGAGUCAAGGAGCUUAAGAAGGAAUCAGAAGCCAAAUUAAAGGAGAACCUUAAGAAGAAGAAAGAUACUUCUCACAGCAUCGAUGACGAUAAGAAAAAGGGAGAGUUAGAGCUCUUAAUGCUAGAUGAAAAUGAGGGUGAAUCAACAAUUAACAACAAGGCACACUUCAACAUGAAUGAGAUUCUCAAAUCUGAGAAGGAAAAAUCCAAAAAGGCCAAGUAUCAAAACAAGGAGAAGAUUGUGGAUGAUGAAUUCACUCCAGACGUUAAUGAUCCAAGAUUUAAAGAGGUCUUUGAAGAUCACGAUUUCGCGAUUGAUCCUACUCAACCAGAGUUCAAGAAGACACCAGCUAUGGAGAAGAUUUUAAAGGAACGUACAGUACGUUCAAGCAAAAAAUCUAGGGGCAAAAAGCGUAACCACGAAAUUGCAAAUACUGAACAUAGUAAAGACAUAAAUAAGAUCGGCGGUUUAGUUGAAAAACUUAAGGCCAAGAACAAAAGAACAAAACACUAA